AAGUGAGUGAAUGUAAUCUUGAAAUGGUAUUAAGAAAACUAAACAUGGCUGUUUGAUAAAGAAAACACUUUUUUGACGAGAAAUGUUUAUAAAUACUUUCAGAAUUUACUUUAAAAUCAGUUAAGUAUUCUAGUUGUUAUUAAAAAGUGCAAAAAAUGAGGUGCCUAAUAGUUAUAGUCGCGUUUCUCUGUAUUUUUGUACACGUCAGUAGAGCCGAUCAAUCAAUCAAAGAGUUGAAAGAAGAAGGUGGAUUGAAUAAAAAUGUAGAGGACAGCGAACAUGUGGACACUACUCAGAAAAGGAAAGAAGAUUUAAGUUUAUCUUCUCAGGAUGCAGAAACAGUAAACGAAAAAGAUGGUGUGGUUACUGAAGAAGAGCAGGAUAAGUCAAAAUCAAAAGUAGCUAAGGCUAAGGAUAAUAAAAAAACAAAAUCCAAACAAAAUAAGAAAGAUUCUUCAGAAGAAACAGAUAAUCUUACUAAAUCCAAUGAAAAUGAUGUCUUGAAAAAGACAAAAAAAAUUAAAAAAAAUAAAAAGAAUAAGCAUUUAGAUUCAGUAGAUUUAUUAGACUCAAUUGAAGAUUCUGAGAAUAAGGAAACAAGACCAAAUACAGAAAAUGACUCCAAAAAACUUACAAAUGAAUCCGAAGAAAGUGAUGCAAAUCAAUCUAAACAAACAUCAAACGAUAUUAGUGAUGAAAAACGUGAGAAGCACAAAACCCCUAAAAAAACCAAAAAGUCGAAGGAACCUAAAAUACUAUCUAGGAAAGACUCUAAAAGACAACAAAAUAAGUUAAAGGAAGACGAGAAAUUGAACCAAGAGAAUAUAAAUAUAUAUAAUGAAAGUCAAAGCCAAUCAGAUGAGAGCAUAAAAUCAAGCCAAGACUCACUGGAAUCACAAGAGAAAGAUUUGGAAGAGAAAAAGAAUGUUGAUGUAUCAACGGAAGCUAUUUCAAGUGAUAAAAAAAAACUUAAAAAACUGAAGAAAAAGAAUAAAACGAAAGAUAAAUUAAAUGUUAAAAGUAGUGAAGAGGUUUCUUCAGAAGAAUCUGAAGAACCAGUUGUUAAUACUGAUGAGCUUGCAAACAAUAAUGAAGUGAAGAAUGAAGAAAAUAUAGAUUCCACAAACAAAGACCGAAAAAACAAAAAAAAUAAAAAAAUAGAAUCCGUCAGUUCAAGUGAAGAAAAAAAGAAUUCAAAGAAACAAAAGAAUACAGAAGAAAAGGAAAAAGAACAAAACUGUGAAGGAGAAAAUAACAAAUUAGAUGGUUCCAAUAAAUCCAAGAAAAAUAGAAAAACUGAAACAAAUGAAAGCCAGCAAAGAGCAGCAGCUAACGAAAACUUGAAGCAAAAAGAAGAGAAGGUAAUGAAAGCAGAAAAACAGAAAUUGCAAGAAACAACGAAACAAGAAGUAAAAAAAGAAAUGAAGAAGCAGAAAAAUUAUGAUAAAGCAAAAAACAUAAAACAAAGUGAAGAAAAUGAAGUAGAAAAUGAGGUAGAAAACGAUUCGAAUGAUGAAAAAAAUAAAAGGAAUGAAGAAGUAUUAAAUGAUCAAAAAUUAAACAAAAAUAAAAUGAGUAAAAAAGAGAAAAAACUAAAGAUGAAAAAUAAUACUAAACAACUUUCUAAAGAUUCAAAUGAGAUGGAUGAGCUCGAGGAAAAAAAUACUUUUGAGCUUAACAAUGAAAGCAGUUCUGAAGAAAAAAACGAAAGUGCAAUGUCGAAACAGAAAUCAAAUAAGAAAAAUAAACAAAAAAUGGAGAUGAAAAAAGAUAAGAAAGAUUCACAGUCACUUAAAUCAUGUCAGAUUAGUGACUCCGAAAAUGAAUCUGAAAUCGUUUCUCUGAAAUCAAAACGAGUGAAACGCUCAAAGGAUAGUGGUAAGGACAAGAAAAGUAAUCCAAAGAAAAAAGAUGAGAAGAAAAAUAAAUCUAAAAAAUUAAAAAACAAAAAAUAAAACUAAUAAAAA